CAAGACCCUACACACGGGAAUACCAGCAGGGCAAUCAGCAUCGCCCGAAUGCACAGCCUACCAUCUUCCUCCCACAGCCUCCAACCAGGUGUCCGCUCACGGUGGUCGAAUCUGUCACGGUCAAUCUGGGUGACAUAAAGGACAUAAAGAACAUGCGAGUGGAAAACACUUCAGAGGAGAAUGACGAGAAAGUGAAGAAGAACUUUGCCGGCAAGUUGAUAACCGACGCAAACAUCUGGGCUGCCUAUAUUGAAGGGCCAUUCAGCUCAUUGGAGGCUUUGGACAGGCUCCUCGCACAGGAAAGACCCAGGAGCAUAAUCAUCAAAUACCAUGACGACGACGACUAG